GCCAACAAUCGGUGGAAGGACAAUGUACAAGAGUCGUCCGAUUGGUUCGUAGCCACGCGCCAAAGUAUUUUGUAUCUAGGAGUACGGCAGAUGUUUCUAACGAGCGAAGAACCUUAGCUCUAGAAAGACCAAGAGAGAGGGAGAGAGAAAGACGGAACAGCAUUGAGAAGAAGGGGAAGGAAAAAAGAGGAGAGAGAAGAGUAUCGAUCGCGAUAUGCCACGCACCGUCGCGAUUAGUCGGCCGUCGUAAUGAAGAUAAGUCCUAACGAGCUCGCUGUCGGCGCGUUAUCGGGCCGAAAGACAUGCGAUCAACGAGCUUUCGAAGGAUAAGCCUGCCAAGAAGGUAGAAGUAGAAGUUACGAAAGAGUCGAAAAAAAGAGGGAAAAAAUUGUUCGACUUCGCCGGCGGCGGUAAAUUAUUUCCCGAAGUCUGAUCAGGACAACACGGUGGCUCGUGUACCUGUGCCAUCAACGUGAAAUUUAUGUCCUUUUGUCUACCCUGCAGUCCUACUGUAUGUUUAUUUCUUGAUCUUUCGAUUGGAGAAAGUAAUGCGAAAGUUAUAGACGUUCAUCGGUGGAACCUUUCGACGGUUCGUUUAGAUGUAAUAAUAAAUUAAUCUAUUGGUUCUCUGACUAUAGCAUUGAAAAAUCUUGGUGCAUCGAUUGAGAACGAGAAAGUUAAAGAAUCCGGAAGUGAGUGGAAGCACCUUGCAUCGUAUAAGGGGUUGAGAAAGAGGGUUGUCAGAGUCUCUUAAAAGUCAGUGAAUCCAUCUACGAAGGACCCUAGUGCGAGGGUGCAGGGGUUGGUACUAGGUGUUCGACCAAAUCGGGGGUUGUGCACCCCCAGAUCGGUAGCGCGUGUCCUCUUCAAUGGAGUAGUCCACCGCUAUAUUGCCGAGAGGUACCCCAUCCAAAAGGGGUUAAAUGCUCUUUUUUUUUCCCCGCGACGCGUCGUCAAGGUGUUGACCGCCCCUCAUGACGAAAAACCAACGUCAACGGAGGGAACCCGAAGUGGCCUCGAUUAGGAAUCGUUUCGUGACAACGGAAUAAAAACAUACGGUAUACUUUCUUUUUUGUUAAAGUUUCAAGGUCGCUCUUAAAAAGCUUGAAAGUAUUCAACUAAAUAACGUAACUGCGUUUGAAAUAUUUCUGUUAUUAAUAUCGUACAGUAAUUUCUUUUUCAAGGAAAAGACGAUACGUGAAAUAUACGAUAUUUAAAGUAAUAGAUUCGAGAGAACAGAUAUAGAAAUCGAGACGGUAUUAUAGUUAUGUAAUCGAUUGAGUAAGAUGUUUAGAGAGCUAGACGAAAGAGGGAGAGAAAGGGUGAAUUAAUCGUACUCCACAGGUAGCAAGUAUGAGCACGAAAAGAUAUAAGCAAAACGUAAAAAUAUAAAAGGAUGGAACGUAAGAACCAUAAAGCUCGCUUUCCUCAUGUCUUCUUUUUAUAAUCAUCGCUCCGUAUGAAUUUCUUUUUUUCCAAAAGGUUCUCUUCUUUUCGACCAGGUGAAUGUCCUCGGGAGAGUGAAGACCGAGCAUCGAAGAUCAAGAGAAAAUGAAAGAAAGAGAAAGAAAGAGAGAGAGAGAGAGAGGGUAACAGGGGUGAUUUUUCAUUUUUCGAUGCCACGAAACACCGACAAUGGACGCGUGUCACGACGGUAGCAGCUGCUUUCGCCACUGUGUUUAGCUCGCGCACAUGGCACAUAGAGACUCGCCGCCAUCGCAGCAAGAUCGCAUAUCGUAAGAUCGAAGUUGCGCAGCUUUUGCCGUAUUUGAACUGGUCGGGAAUGUGUUGCUCGCAUUUGAAAUAAGCUGCUUUGUCUUUCUAGAAUUUAGUUACUUUUUGUUGAAUUUUUCUUUUCUGGUUAAUUGCUGUAAUUUCGACAAGCGACGUUCUUCUACUGACGUUCAAUUUUAUCAAUUUUUAUUGAAUUAAGUGCACUCAAGUUUAUUGCUAUUAUAAAAAUCCAUUCAUAAUUCUAUCUUGACGUAAUGUAAGAAAUAUCGACGAGAAAGGAGAGUAGAAAAAAAAACCUUUGAUCGACUUAUUUGAAAAAUGUAUUUUUUUUGAGCCUUUAAUAGGCUCAACAGUCGCCACUUCACGGAUCAGUUGUUCAACGAAGAGAUCGAUAUUCGAAAGGAUCCAGAAAAGAAAGAUACGAUCUACCUUCUUGGGCUCCGUCACGAUGGCGGACUAGCCGAAGCGAAAUGUCAGGUAGACGAACGUUCUACGAUGAAACGAAUAAAGGUUCCUUCUUUAGCAUGGACUCUUGUUCUGUUAGAUAAUAUUUUAUAUGGAAGAAGUAAUCUUGAGAAUUAUAUUACAUUAAAUAACAUUUCUUCUAUGGAGAAAAUAUAUUUAUUGUUAUAAAAAUAUUUGCUUUAACUUUCAUUCCAAUGGUUCAAGUAAAGUCGUUCAAAUGUUAAUAUAAAUACCGUCAUAUUGUUCUAAAAAUUGGAUUUUGUAGCAGCUCAGAUCUAUCAGAGCCAAAUAAAAAAUCAAAAAAGAAGAUCAAAAUCUAUGCAUCUUCUGUCAUACGACAAGAUCCAUUCGUCGACCCUUUGGUAGAAGAAUACGCAUUAAUUUAUAUCUGCAUACGCUGGCUAUUAUUAUGUUAAUUUUUUAACCUACCCGCCGACAUCAACGAACCAGAUAUUCUGGUAGCAUCCCGUACCUAUGCUUGCCAACGUACGUAUACGUUUAUAUGCACGUACGAUUAAAAUGCACUCAGCUUAUACAUACACAAAAAGAAAAAAAAGAAAAAGAAAAAGAUGGUCUAGCACCUGGGAAAAUCAUUCGACAGAGAUAAUUCGCAGCAUCCAUCGCAGCAUUUAUUCUUUUCAUCGUAUAUGGAUAGCAACCCAAGAGAAAAGAUAAUGCUUAACGAUGAUGUUUCUUCGGAAAAGUCGAAGGGAAGGGCAGCAGUAGGUAGUAGUUCGAUUAAGAUACAAGACGCAGCCAGAUGGAUGAGAAAAGACACAGAAUAUACCCGCAGGAUGGGUUAUGAGGGUGAAUGUGAAAAAAAUUAACUCUUAUUCGAGUGCUAACGCUUCGACACGUAUGAAUAAAAAUCUACGAAGCCCUCAUCAAGAGAAGGAAUUACCAGAGCGAGAAAUUCCGAGACAACAAGAUUUUGAACAGCUGGAAGAAAAUGUACAAGUUGCUACCGAACGAAAAAAUGAGGCAAUACGCAAUAGCGUGUUUUUUGUUAUGAACUUAAAAUCGAUCGAUCUGUUUCAUACUUUUCUUAUCCUACCCUUCGUACCACGUGGAAUUACGCUUCAAUUUGUGAGCCACUUCGUUCUAUCUUUUGUUGGGACGUCCCAUAAAGAAAGAAAGUCGUAAAACGGUAGGCAAGACUGUCUGUUUCAUGCGGACCCUAUUUUCCUACGUAGUAGAAGCAGCCAAUCCCACGGGUUUCAAAGAUUCGACAUUUUUCCUCUGUUGUUUCCCCCCUUUCGAACGCGCUAACGAUUUAUUUCGACAACCUCUCUGAUUCGAUAUCAACGACUCUAUUUUUUAGCCUAGAGCAAGUCAACUGCCUUCCAAAACCCUUGCUCCGAUAUUUGUAUACUCCUAAUACUGGAGAGGAAGAAGAAAUUCAAAUUAGGCAGUCUUUUUAGAACGGUUUUGAUGUUCAACAAUGCACGUUCGUUUAUAUCACGAUGGUAGGGGGGAAUAGUAUAAUAAAAUAGAUCUUGCAUUAUGGUCUAUGAUAUUGUUUAUUAAAUCCAAUUGUUACAAAUUAAUAUGGGUUACAAUGGCAUACAUUUUUAAUGCAUUUUCCAAGUACAUAUUUACUUUCGGAAAGGCAAGUAUGUGAUGAUAAAUAUAUGACACGGCGUAUGAUUAUCGAUUAUCUUAUGCUUAUCUCCCGGGAAGAAGAAGAAGAAGAAGAAGAAAAAAACAAAUAUUCCAACGAAGGACGAGAACGACCCUGUGACCCACGAUCGUAUAAGUACGGUCGAAACGUUUUUUUUAUAGCGCGUUACACGUGCCUUGCGAUUUCAUCGAAGUGGGGAGUACGAGUCGAAGGAGGUGGUGUACAAGGACGCUACAACGAUUUGAGGAAUUCAAGAGUAACAGAGAGAAGGAAAGAAGAAAAGAAGAAAGCAAAGAAAGAAGGCAGGAAGGAAGGAAGGAAGGAAGGAAGGAACUACCAUCGCAGCAUCCCUCGGCUCAUCGAAAGACGCGCGCCGUCGCUAACGGGGGUUGAGAAGGUUCGAACGCGCACAUGCGCUGUUUGGUUGAAGCGCGUCGUGACUCCCCACUACUUAUCCAAACUGUUGAGAGCACAUUCAGUUCUGGAUAAGGAGUGGGAAGAGGAGGGAAGGGUUCCGAGUACCCCACCAUCACCGAAAAAUCUUCAUCGUUCGAGUUCGGCCAACGUCGUCUUCCACUCGUCUCUUUCCGUAAAGACUCGGUUCAUGUCGUACUCUCCCCACCAUUUAACGAUGAACGCGAGGUCGUGUAGAAUUUCCCUUUCCACCGGAUCGGGUUGGUCCUGGCCUGGCGCUUGGUAUCCUGGCUUCCCGCCAUGGCGGGCGGGAUGACACUGCCGAGGAGUGCCGAGCCGUGCCGAGUCGCUCACGAGCGCCGAAACGCGGGCAGCUGCCGGCUGGUUCCGCGACUCUCCGGGGCCACGGACAAAGAAUAUACUCUCUUGCCGAGCAAUACAGUCACCGCGCGCGCGGCGAGAGCACACACUCAGCACGGGGCAGCACGCCGUGAAAACCAAAGAUCGUACAAAUCAAUCGCCUUCUAACAAGCCGCAUUAACCUCAAGUGAUUUAUAUUUUCUUACGAAGCGCGAAAGAAGUAAUUAGUGUGUUUAUAUCGUAUAAAAGAAGAAGAAAACAAAAAAAAAGAUAUUCAACAAGAGCUUAGGUUCAGAAAAAGAAGAACAAGACGAAAAAGAAGAAGUAGAUGAAGAAGACGAAAAAGAAGAAGACGACAAAGGUUUAAAAGUUAUAAUAUCUACCUAGUGUACAAAAAUAUAUCUGAGAGAAAAGUACAAACGAUAAAAAGUUACAAAAAAUAAAAAAAGAAAUAAAGUACAUACAAACACGAACACAAAAGCACACAUAUAUACACGACGAAACAAAAAGAACACAAAUAAAAAUCCGUCAGUGCCAAAUCGAAAAGACGUGGAGGGAAUAGACAAGCGCGAUUAAUAGUUGUUGUACAUUUAAAGGAAAAAGUAUACAGAGAACGAGAGAGAAAGAGAGAGAAAGAGGAGAAGAAAGCAAAACCAUAAACCAAAGAAUCUACCAUUUUUUCUACUAAUCACUCAGCGAAUAACGAUACUCUUAAAGCAAAAGAAAGUGACCAAGAGUGAGAAAAAGAGAUAGAGAGAGAGAGAGAGAGAGAGAGAGAGAGAGAGAGAGAGAGAGAGAGGAAGCGAGAUAAGCAUCGAGACUUCCGUGAUCCCAAACUAAUUAAGUGAAAAUCAUCCGCGUAAAGUUUUUUGUAAACUAUAUAAAUUUAUAUAAAUAAACGUUAAGUAAGAAGUGAAUCUUUAAAAAAGCGCUCGGCUUCAAUCCGAGACUUACAUUUAGCGAUGUCAAAUGUCCUUUGGUAACGAAAUCAGAGUUCGCACGGACUGGUGCAUAUCGAAUUGGUGAGGAAGAAGAGAAAAGGAGAGAGAGAGAGAAAAAAGAGAAUACCCAUCUACCAGUCUCGAGCUCCAGAGCUACGAGCUCCAGAGCAAAAGAGGAAAAUAGAAAAAGAACGAGGACUGUCGUUCGAAUCGAGUAGACCUCCUGCACGCAGGAGGAGCGUUAAAAACAGGAUGACGUGGCGAGGAAGAUGAGCGCCGAGGUGACGAAGGAGGUCGUCGCCACCGAGAGGGUAGCACCGAGCCCUCCGGCGGCGGUAGCGACCUCGCCAACCUCUGGUGACCCGGCUCGUCACCUGCCCCCGUUCAGCAGCUUCGCCGGGGACAGCACGAUGGACAGCUCUACGACUUUGACGACCCUUCAUUCCCAGGACGUUGGACUGGGCCUGACGUCGUCCUGGGACUAUUACGAGGGCCUGACAGGUCGGUUGAUCGAUUCCCGUGGCGAAGUGGUUCUUGCUAGCCAAUAUCGUCCUUGGGAGUCGAAGAACGCCGGUGGUGUCGUGUCUGCCGCAGCACCAACCGGUGAAGGAUUACCAAGUUUUGCAAGUCAAUUUACCGCACCGAGUGAAGCCGAGCCUCAAUUGACGGCAUUGACGCCGUUGUCGCCAGCAUCCAUCUCUCAUUCGCCACCCGUUACAUCAGCCGUGGGUUUGCCCAGUUUUCAUACUCUCGGGACACCUUUACCGGCGCCUCAUCCUCAUCGAGGUAGCGUCGGUUAUCCUCUCGUACCGGCACCCGUUCAAGCGAGAGAGGUACCGGCUCUGCAACAACAGCUACUCGACGAGAGACAUAUUCAACUACUCGGUUCUAGUCCCGUCCAAGCGUUCCCACCACCUCCAGGUCAUCCUCAUCAUACUGUCUUGACCGUAGUCAAGCCCGAGUAUCCGCAACUUCAUCAUGCCAACUUCCAAAAUCCAAUGUCGACUGUCCUCGACUCUACACCAACCUCGAGGGCGAUCGGCAUCGACGGACGUAAGAAAGAACGGAGAAAAAUACGGGCUGGCUCGAUGGAGUCCGAAGAUGGUGGCGGAGGUGGUGGUGGCGGUGGUGGUGGUGCCGGUAGCGUUGAAAAUUCUGGUCAAGUCGCGGCAGUAUCCUCUACCGCCAAUCGUGGUCCUCAUCAUAUGAGUGGCGGAAUGGGUGAUGCCGAUGGUGACGGUGGCCUCGGUGAUAAGCCGGCUAAAAAGAAACGCAAAAGGUGCGGGGAAUGCAUCGGAUGCCAACGGAAGGACAACUGUGGAGAUUGCGCGCCGUGUAGGAACGAUAAGAGUCAUCAGAUUUGCAAAAUGAGGCGGUGCGAGAAACUCACGGAGAAAAAGCACCUUUAUCAUUUGCAAACAGGCGAGGGAGCAUUCAGGGAAAGAGGAAGAGGUCGAGGGAAAGGUGCCACGAGGAGUUAUCGAAAAAUCGCUCGACAAGUCAGCACGCCAGACAGUGCACCCGCAGGUCUUGGUAGUCCUCAAGCAGGCAUCGGUGGUCUGCAGCAACACCAACAACAACAACAGCAACAGCAAGCGCAGCAGCCUCUGCAUCAGCCGGAUCCCAUGCAGCAGGCCAAGGACAACCUGAACCCCGCGGCGAGUCAGCAAACGGCGGCUCUCAGAAACGGAAAUCCUCCGCCACCCGUUGUCUCCAUGUCUCCCGGAGUAGUGCCAUUUUAUGGAGAUUCUAGUGCUGGUUUUCGACCGGCAGCUGGUUUCGGUAAUACGGUAUGGCAUCAGGGAGUUGGUCCUGUGGGUGCAGUCGCGGUUGAAACCACGCCAGCUGCAUGGCCACCUCAACAAUUUAUUCAACAAAUUCCUGCUCCUAAUCAGUUAGAAGAAUUAAGAUAUCACACUCAAUACAGCACCGCAACGCCUUAUCAUCCUCAGCCAGUCGCGUAUCAACAGCAAACUUUUAUAACUACUGAUCAAUCGGCAUUUCAACGAGCCGGGACUACAGGACAAUAUACAAUUACGGGGCAACCUUCACCCUUAACACCAGUGGCACCACAGACGGCAGCUUCGACACCUCAGAGGCCAUUAAAUGGUCAAUUUAUGGAUCCUGCUUCAACACCAACGCAACCCGUUGGUUACGAAAGACAGGAUUAUGUUAACGGUUACCAGCAGCAGGAUGUGACAAUGGCACCACCACCUUCAACUACUCCAACAAGCCGUAGUAGCUCCGUACACAUGGAUACCCAACAGGCACAACAACCGUCACAGCAGCAGCAACAGCAACCUCCUACAGACACGCAAGUAAAAGGAUUUGCCACAAUUGCUGCGAAUAAUGUGUCGGGAAACGAGAUGCCUGGGUAUCCACUUCAACCGGGCCCACAGAGUUUACACAACUCUAACGGAUAUCCAGGCUACGUGGAAAUGGGUCAACAACAGCUACAAAAUCAGUGGCAAUCACAAGUUGCUCAACAACAUCAGCAACAACAUCAACAGCAGCAACAUUUGCAACGGCAACAUGCUAUGUCGGAUACUAGUCAACGACAUAUAUGGACUGAUACUAGUACGAGUUCAAAAAUCAGUGGUGUAAAUAAUAGUAAUAUGACGUGGUCGGAUUCUACUCUUCAACAACACCAUCAACAGCAAAAGUCUUCAAAGCAGCAGCUUCAGCAACAAAGUAUGCAGAAUACUAUGAAGCAGCAAAAUGAGCAACAACAAGCUAUGCAGCUACAAGGACAACAAGAGUUAUCAAGACCAGGUAGUCAUAUGAGUUGGGAAAAUGGUACCGUAAAGGAACCUCAAACUCCUCAAUCGUGGACUGACAAUACUGAGAAUCAACAACAACAACAGUCUCAACAACAAACUCAGGGAAGUUGGUCACAGCAAAGUCCUAAAUUAAGAGAUACUCAGAACUCAAGAUUGACGCCAUCUACUCAAAAACAACAUCAGGGGUGGCCACAACAUUCUCCAAAAUUACCAGAUCAUCAGCAAAAUCCGUCCCAACAAAGUUCAAGAGUAACGCCUUCUGGUCAACACACGUGGCAACAAAGUAGUCCUGAAAUACAGACUCAACAAAAUACAGGUCAACAAAAUUCGGGAUUAAUUAUAUCCUCUCAACAAAUACAACAGCAACAAUGGUCGCAACAAACCAAACUUGAACAAAAUCCAAGACUGACUCCCUCCAAUCAAAUGACAUGGCCAGACACACCAACUAGUCAACCCAACUGGUCACCCAAUAGCAUGAAAAGUGAAUCCAGUCAGCAACCUCAACAACAGUGGCCAGAUUCUCAACCUAGUCCAAGAAGAACACCUGGUCACCAAUCUACAACAUGGCAAAAUCAAUCAUCGCAAGAAACUAAAAUGGACAAUCAUAUGACGUGGUCCCCAUCUUCGGUAAGUGAAAAUCAACCUACGUGGGGUCAGCAUACAUCGAAACAAGAUAUGCAAAAUUCUGGAGAAAGAAUCAUGUGGCAACAAAAUGCAGAUAAUAGUAAGAACAAUGGAUAUUCGGAUAAUCAAGAUAACCAUGAAAACAAUGUAUAUGCACAAUCGAAUCGAGUGAAUCUGAACAGUCGGCUUAAAUCAAUGAUUUUAAGCAAACAGCAACAACAACAUCAACAGCAGCAGCAACAUCAACAGCAACAACAACAACAUCAACAGCAUCAACAGCAGCAACAACAGCAGCAGCAGCAGCAGCAACAUCAAGUGAAUCAUCAAGAACAGCAGCAGCAUCUUCAUAUGCAUCAUCAAAUGCAAGGUCAGCAUAACAUUAACAACAUUAUUGGAUCGAAUGGAGAAUAUGUCGGAGAUGAUCGGUUACGAGAGUCACAUGAAAAUUCAGAGAAAAUGCAAGAAAAGAGAACGGAUCAGUACCUCAAUCAAUCGACAAUCAUGUCAAUGGCGCAAUCUAAUGAAAAUUUGACCGGUAAUUUUUUAUUGCAUAGCCACCACCCUCGGGUCGAUAGUUUGCCCGAAGGUGGUGGCUUAUUAGAAUGGACAGGAGGUGGAACCAAUUUAACUAAUCAUAACGUACUAACAGAGACCGGUGUGACUGCUAUAGAAAAUUUUAUGAAAUUCGCGACAGAGGAUAAAAUCGUCCUUGAAAAACCUUCUGAGGAACAACAACGUAUGCGCGAACAAACCCAGCAACAGUUAUGGAAAGACCAUAAUAAGCAUCACGAUAAUUCUAUCAUAGAAGAAAAGACAUUUCAGCAACAAUGUGUUGAAAAAGAAACGCAAAGACUCGAAAAUCUACGAGAAGAGACGAACACAACUAAGAAAGCGAGAGAGGACAACCUUGACUUUAUACAGACUGCGGAUACUUCUAUCAUCAGCAAAAUCGUGGUUGAGAAUGAACAAAGAUCCGUUGAAAUGAAGGCAGACCAGUCAUCCACGAAAGAGGAAGAUAGUUCGGAGGUAAAGUACGCUUCAGAUCAAACCAUCAAGCAGGAGAACAUAGGAGAAUACAAUUGCGCCAUACCCGAAAGCAUUGAAUCCUGCAAUGUUUCUAGAGGAGAAGACCAUACUACGCUGCCUGUAAAAGCUGAACCUGGUCAAACAUCGCAGGAUGCUUCGGACUAUAAAUUUAGAGGCGACGGUGGUCCCGCCAAAGUAUCACCAGGUACUGGUUCAUGGUGCUGUCGGAGAGGUGGCACGGAACAACCUACGCCGGAACACCUGCGCGAAGGUUGUUGCCAAGGUCUUCAGACGAGGGAUGAAAUAUUAGCAGAUUCUCAACAGAAAUCAGACUCUGACAUAAAGAAUGAAGGACCUAAUAGUCCGAAAAGCGGCAACGCAUCAUCGACUACUAAAUUGCAAGAUCAUUUGGACAAACUGAAGAACAAUGUUAGGACCGAAGUACCGGACUGCAACUGCUUUCCUGCCGAUAAAUGUCCACCUGAACCCGGCUCGUACUACACUCAUCUCGGAGCGGCUGCAAGUCUGUCUGAUCUUCGGAACGAUCUUGAAAGAAGAACUGGCCUGAAGGGAAAUGCAAUAAGGUUCGAGAAGGUCGUUUAUACUGGGAAGGAAGGCAAGACUACUCAAGGCUGCCCAAUGGCUAAAUGGAUAAUACGACGAUCCGGCAUCGAUGAGAAGAUCCUUUCCAUAGUGAAACAUCGACAAGGUCAUAAAUGUGCGACGGCAUGGAUCGUUGUAGCCAUGGUUGCUUGGGAAGGAGUUCCAACUCAUGAAGCUGAUCGCAUUUACUCCCUUUUGAGUCACAAAUUAAAUCGCUUUGGUCUUCCAACGACCAGAAGAUGUGGUACUAAUGAACCGAGAACCUGCGCUUGUCAAGGACUUGAUCCCGAUACCUGCGGAGCGAGUUUUUCUUUUGGAUGCUCUUGGUCUAUGUAUUACAAUGGUUGUAAAUAUGCAAGAAGCAAAACUGUACGAAAAUUUCGAUUAUCUGUUCGGUCAGAGGAACAAGAGGUCGAAGAGAGGAUGCACGUUUUGGCUACACUUUUAUCACCUUUAUAUUUGAGCCUUGCACCGGAAGCAUUUAAUAAUCAAACUCAAUUUGAACGAGAAGCAAGCGAAUGUCGAUUAGGAUUUAAACCUGGAAGACCUUUUUCUGGUGUAACGGCUUGUAUCGAUUUCUGUGCGCACUCUCAUCGAGACCUUCACAAUAUGAAUAAUGGAUGCACUGUGGUAGUAAGUUUGACAAAACAUCGAACAUUAGCGAAACCUGAAGACGAACAGUUACAUGUACUUCCUCUUUAUAUCAUGGACGAUACUGAUGAAUUUGGUUCGAAAGAAGGACAAGAAGAAAAAGUUCGUUCUGGGGCUUUAGAAGUUCUGAAUAAAUAUCCCUGCGAGGUCAGAGUUCGAUCGGUUCCUCUUCAACCUUGUCGUCGGCAUGGAAAGAAGAGAAAAGACGAGGAGCCCGAUACUGUUGCAAAUAAAAAAGACAUACAAAGGCACACUAACGCGUCCGAUAAAAUAAUAGAAGCAAGUCGUGCAGUGAAUCAUCAUGAUCUGUCCAGAACUCCAGCAAGAGAUACGCAAUUAUCCUUAGAAAUGGCUUCAAUGUUCGAAGGUAUGGAUGCGCAAUUACAAAGUUCUCAGGUAUCAUCGACGGUCCUCGAUAGUCCAGUGUCUAUGUAUCAAGGUUGGGGUUAUCAGGGUGAACAACAAUGGAGUCGAAAUGGUUGGCUAGAUCAAAGAAAAAAUAAUUGGUUAAAUCCCUGGGGAGAAUAUGCCUUUGGUGGUUUAGAAAGAGACACUAAAGUAGAUCCUGAUAGCACUAGCUUGGAUGACAUCAGACCACGAAGUACAGUUUCGCAAGAAGAUCAUAGACCAGGUUCAAGGAAUUUACCAAACUCCACUAUGGAUUCGCCAAGAGGUACUUACAGUCAUUCUCCGAGAGGUCAUCCUAUUUCUCCGAGAAGUUCUCAUCCAUGUACACCUGGUGAAGUAGCUUAUGCCAUGUCACCUAGAGGAUGUCCAUCAACACCUCAGGAUCCAAGAAUGGCUUCUCCAAGAAGUUCGGGAUACCCUACUACACCUGACGGUAGUUACAAUCAUACAACUUCUGCGAGAAGCUAUCAACAUAUUUUUGAGACCAGACAAAACAAUGCGUCUCCAAGAGCAGGAUACUUUCAUUCACCGACCCAUUUAGAUGUUAUGCAAAAGAAUCUACAAUCACGAAUACAUCAAUCACAAGUAAAUACGAAUAACAUUCGUCAUGUUGGUCAAAAUAACAUGGACAAUCAAUCUAGAAUGAGACAAGAUGCUAGUCAACAAAAAUACUCUGGUGCAUUGUCACAGACUUAUUUAGAAUCACAGAAUUCUACAAGAUUUAUGUUACCAAAAUCACAAACCGAGCCAUCCUUUUCAUCGAGAGUACAAAGUCACUAUCUUUCACAAUCCGUUCAACUAGGAAGAAACGCUACAUAUCAAAAUCAACAUACCGAUUCUAAUUUAGGGGACGUUUUUCCUGGAUAUAGUGGUACUUCCUGUGUGGAUGGUAAUAGUCACAAAUCACUUGGUGCUACGAACCCAGAUUUCCUUCUUCAGGGUUCCUUAAAUCUUCCAUCUAUUCCUGAUCAACAAAGUGAUGUGCAAGGUCUUCUUAGUUCAAGCGAUCAAAAAAGGUACUUUGGUCGUUUGCAAAGACAAACGGACUUAAAAUCUUCAACAACCCCUCAGUUUCCAACCGUAUCUUCGGAGCAAGGAAGUUAUGGAAGCAGUUGGAACAUGUUUAAUUUAUGGUCUUCCGAAACUUCAAAAUCGAUGGAACAUCAAACUCUCUUUAACGAGCAUCAAAAUGUGGCGGAGAAAAUAAAUAAUCAAAUGGAUCAUCAAAAAAAUUCAACUUGGCCUGAAAGAUUACCAAAUGUUGAUCAAACAAAGCCAACUUGUUGGGAAACGCAAACCGAACCAUCCCCUUUCCGUAUACCCAAAGGAAGACCGCCUUCGAGGACAACAUCGGGUCAACAUUUGUCUACCGAUACCAAUGCUUAUCCAAACACAUUUGCAAGAACUUUUUUAAAACCGCAGGAACCAGUAAGAAAUAAUGCUUUUGCGGAUAGUUUAAGCAAUGGGGUACAAACAUGUGUAUCCAAUCAGAACCAUCAAAAACGAACAGAUUGGCAUGAUGAGAAAUUAAGAGAAGGAUUUCAUGAUGGACGACAAGAGAUCGUUAACUCGAAUACCAGUUCUUUAGCUUGGGCGGAAGAAAUGAAGCAAGUUCAAGAUUUACACGCUAUGUCAAGCUUGGGCCAUCCUCACGCAUUUCCACAAUACGGUUAUCCUACGUACCCAGUUUUUGAAAAACCAUAUCCAAAUUCUUGGGAAGGUUACAAUUAUCACCAGCCUUAUCACCCACAAGCUGCACAAUAUCCUCCGCAAUUUUAUCAACAACCUAAAAGGGACGCUUGCUUCCAUUCUCCACAAUAUCCGUAUCAAGGUAUACCACCGUAUCAGAGUUUAAAUACAGGCUGGCCAAGAUGGGAAACUUCUCGUUGGGACAUUUAUGGACCUCCACCAUACUUCCCGGUACUUCCUGAGCCACCACCGAAAGCGGAACCACUUGGUGAGGUAGCCGAUUAUUCCGACAACGAAGAGUGCUUCAAAGAUCCACAAAUGGGAGGAGUUGCUAUAGCUUUAGGUCAUGGUAGUGUUUUAUUCGAAUGUGCGAAACAUGAGAUGCACGCAACGACGGCCUUGAAGAAACCCAAUCGUCUUAAUCCGACUAGAAUCAGUUUGGUGUUCUACCAACAUCGUAAUCUUAAUAGACCAAGACACGGUUGGGACGAAUGGGAAGAAAAAAUGAGAUUGAGGAAGUUGGGCGUUGUAACGACAACGACUACCAGCUCGUCGGGUACAUCACCGUUGGUGUCCACAGCAGUUACUAGUCCAGCUAGUUCGGUGAAUAACGAGAAGCUACCACCACUUCCUCACAUAUCUACCGUACCAAAUUCACAAUUCAUGAUGAGAUCGCCAACGUAUACAACCAUGACCUGGACAACGCUUUUUCCUAUGCAUCCGUGUAUGAUAACAGGUCCGUAUCAAGAAGGAGGAGCCAUCGGAUGAGCCAUUAGCGGAAAGUACGAUUCCAAUCGACCGUGAUUGCGGAUCGUACCUGGGUUUGAGCGAAUAACUUAAAAAAAUAAGGGUACAGCGAAGAAUAGGAGGGAUCAUUGUUCGUAUAGCCAUAUUGGUGAGGUGUGCCUGACCGGCACUAAAAAUAGGAACGAUCCAUACAGAGUUGAGCCGAACGAAAGCGAUAGAGUGCGAGUGAGAGAUAGAGAGAGAAAGAGAGAGAGAAAGAGAGAGAGACAGAAUGAAAGAAUGGAAGAGGCAUUGCACGAAUCGGUAUCAACUCAUUUCCAAAACCCGUUCUAGACGUAUAUUCUUCUUUUUUUUCUCUGUAAGAUGCUCUAACGGGAAGACUUUAGAACUAAAGAACAGGAACAGAAAUUGUCCAAAUACGUAUUUUGGAGCGCAUUAUUUUAAUAUUGGAGUAGUUUGUUAUCGACGGAGCAACAAAACCAAUCGCACUGCCAUUUUUCUAUCAUACGUUUUGUGCGCGAUACAAAAACACGAAACGAAACCGGUUAAUGUGUCUGGAUAAUUAAAAAAGAAAGAAA